UAGUGUGGCACUCAAAUCACCUCAAUUUUCUUGACAUUUCAUUUCAGUACCAACGGUGAAUCAUGUUUUUGCCUUUUUGGUAAACUAGCGGCUUGAAACCAACAAAGGGAUCCUCCAAACCCAUCAAGUCCCAAUGUAGAACUGAGCAAACCCUUUUUACAGUGUCGUAAAACCUCCAUAAACCCACAGUUUUUUUUUUCUUUUGAGAAUCAUAAACCCACAGUUUUAAGAAUUAAACCCAAGAGAAACCCAGAGAGAAGACGCUAAUCCCCCCCCCCAAGCAAAAAAAAAAAAAUGUUUCAAAGCAGAGUAGUUGCUUCAAUUCUAAAGAGAAACAAAGCUAUAAUCAACAGCUUAACAUCCAAUCUCAAGGGAACCUGUUCCUCUCGUUGUUUUACGCCUUCUUCUGCUAAUGCAGUUGCUAGGACCUCCUUUUAUGGCUUUAGAUCUCUGCCUAAGGGACAUCAUGUGCCGUCCUUCAGGAAUAUGUCCACCGUGGCUUCUGUUGGCACUGAGAAGCAGGGAUUGAAGAUGCUAGUAACUGCAGGUCCACGUGCUCAGAAAAUGGUGGGGAUAUGGCUUUUUGGUUCUGCUGCAUGGGUUUUUAGUAUGGUGGUACUAGGUGGUGUCACACGAUUAACCCGAUCUGGCCUUUCAAUGACUGAUUGGAAAUUCGCCGGGAACCUUCCUCCUCUAUCUGAUGAGGAGUGGCAGCAAGAGUUUGAGAAAUACAAGCAGUCACCAGAGUACAAGCGAGUAAACAAAGGGAUGAGUAUUGAAGAGUUUAAAUUUAUAUACUGGAUGGAAUAUGCCCAUCGAAUGUGGGGGAGAGCCCUAGGUGUCAUGUUUGCAUUGCCGUUCUCAUAUUUUCUUCGUAAGGGAUAUAUUACCAUGCGCCUUGGACUAAGACUCUCUGCUCUAUUUGCUCUUGGUGCUGGUCAAGGUUUAAUUGGUUGGUGGAUGGUUAAAAGUGGAUUAGAGGAACCAGCUUCGGAAUAUGUUGAGCCCCGAGUGAGCCCUUAUAGACUUGCUGCUCAUCUUACUUCUGCAUUCGUUAUUUACAGUGGCCUGUUCUGGACUGCUCUCUCUGUUGUAAUGCCUGAACCUCCUGCUGAGUCAUUAGCUUGGGUUCAAGGUGCUGCCAAACUCAAGAGGCUUGCAAUUCCAGUGAGCCUCAUUGUAGGCAUUACCGCUGUUUCAGGAGCAUUUGUUGCAGGAAACGAUGCUGGCCGUGCAUACAAUACUUUUCCAAAGAUGGGAGAUGUGUGGGUUCCUGAUAAUAUAUUUGAGUUGAAACCAACAAUCCGAAACUUCUUUGAGAAUACAUCCAUGGUGCAGCUUGACCAUCGUAUCCUUGCAACUACCACUUUAAUCUCCAUUUGCGGUUUAUGGUGGUCAACCAAAAAGCUCGACAUCCAUCCAGCUAUUCGAACUUUGGUUGGAGCCACGUUUGGCAUGGCUGCUCUUCAGGUAACCUUAGGUGUAUCAACACUUUUAUCAUAUGUGCCUGUUUCAGUUGGCACUGCACAUCAGGCAGGGGCCUUAACCCUUUUAACACUGAUGCUACUUCUCAAUCACACUGUGAGGAGGCCAUCAAUGUCACUUUUGAAAACACUGCCUGAGGUGACAAAGACAGCUUGGUAGCCAUUGUCUUUUAAGUAUAUUAUUAGUUAGAUUAAUCAAACACAUCGAUUUGUUAUUUGGUUCACAUAUCGUUCCAUUUUUUAAGGUCAUUUUGAUUGUAAAGACCUCAACAAGGAGAAUGCAUACUGAUUUGUAAUUUGGAAACUUGUUUGCUAGCACUGAAAUAAAGAGUCUUAUCGGCAUAUUUAUGAAA